AUGGACGGCGAAGAGAACUGGGAUCUCUUACUCCGCGGGCACCCCAUCUUCUCCCCCCCUCUGAGUGUCUCUCAUGCAUCUGGAAGGGGCGACAUAUCUCUCGAGCUUUCCCUCAGCUCAUUACCUGAUUUCAGCGACUUGGAUCCCGACAAUGAUGCACCAACGCCUUCGGGAAGACGCCAAGUCAUGGUCAUCAAGGACUCCGACCUCAUCGUGGCUGCCGGGAGUGAGAUUAGGAUGACUUCGUUGGUAGACUUCAAGCUUGCCCGUAACACCCGGAAGUCGUACAAAAUCUUGCACACGCCCAAUGUCGCGUUCGACGUUCACCAGAUGGCGUUAAACCCUAACAGCAAACUUCUUGCCAUCGCUGGAGCAUUCCAGGUUGCUGUUAUUGUAUUGCCACGAUCGGGUUUCACGAAACUUGUGCCCGCCACAAUUGACUGCAAGUCUGUACAAGUGGGACAGUUCUAUCAUGCGACCAAAACGUCGUCCCCUGUCGCCAAGAUUGAAUGGCACCCUUGGGGAGAGGGUGGUUCGACUCUCAUGGUGAUGACCGUUGACGGGCAGUUACGAGAGUAUGAUAUUUCAGUGGACGCUGAGGAGCCUCAACAGAUCCUAUCGUUCGUUCCCCAACGGAAGAAAAAUACCUUCUUUGGUACGGAUCCCUCCGAGCGAGAGGUUGCUUCAUUCUCCCUUGGAAAAGGCAGAGCCGACUGGGGUCCUCUUACUGUGUACGCCGCCAUGCGUAGUGGCGACGUUUUCGCCAUCUGCCCGUACAUGCCAAAGAAUGCUUCAAUCCCUUCAUCAUAUGUGCAUGCCUUGGAGUGUUUCGUCGCUGCAAAGCUAGAGUAUCUGUCGAAGUCACGUCAGGAAGGCUCCUCUUCCGACAGCAUGGCUAUGAUCUACGACUAUCAGCACAGAUACGUUACUGCAUUACUGAAGCAGCUACCUCCUGGGACAUCCUUCCCUGCGACUCCUCGCUUCAUCUCAAUGCAUCCGCCCACGACAAUCAAGAAUACGCCGAUGCGCCGAGGCCCCUUUCUGCUUCAACCAUCACCACGUAACCUGGUCGGCAGUGAGGGCGGUAACGCAACAGAUAUAGUUUAUGUCUCCUUCGGAGUCGAUCCAGAAGACAGCAAUGAGGGCGACAUGGAACGUCUAGGCAUUGUGCUGGUUUCAUUUCAAGAUGGGAAGGUAGAUGUCUACCUGGACGUCGAGAAAAUUGAAGCGCAGUGGGACCACAAGCAGUCUUCCAGCGCCGAUCUGCCAAUGUUCGCCGUCUAUGAGACGAUUGAUCUCGGUCUUGUUUCUGCUAUAUCGAAAGCAAAGUCCGAGCCUUCGCUUCUGGAUCUCUUGCAAGCGAAUCAUCCGGUCAUCUAUCCCGACCCCAUACAUGAAGAUUCAAUUUAUGUUUACCAUGCGUUCGGAGUACACGCCCUGCAACUUAAGCCCCUGCUUAAAAGCCUCACUGUUGCCCUUCGCGGCGCUGAUGACAAGGACACGGGUUCUUUAAGUGAUGUGCUACAGAGCUCCAAAUGCACCGAGGUCCGCCCUAUACUGACAACAUUUUCAGUGGAGCAGAAAUCCACGAGUCCCAUAGUGGGCGUAUCAAUUCCCUGCGACGUGUAUCUCACCUACAGCAUUUUCGUCUUGACCGCUGCCAUGCGUAUCUCCGUCUUCCCACUUCUUCUCUCCGAGGAUGACUUUUCGGAGACUCCUGAAGUUUCUACAAAACCAGAACCAAAGUUACUCCUUGCGCUUGAAGGCCCGACUGCGUACGUGUCUCUGUUGGGCAAAGAACCCUUCGCCACUCCCGCGAUUCUGUCCCGUCCCGCCAGCCUACCCUCACAUCCACGCCUCUCGCUUCCGGCAUCUGCAAUAAAGUCGGAGUUCAUGGUCACCGCCGACACACUCCGCUAUUUCGCCACGACCGCCGAGUUCCUGACGGGUCAGAUGCAAGAAGUCGAGGCCGCCCAUCGUGCUUCGGAGGCGCGCGCGGAGCUACAGUUCAACGAGUUCGCGCGGCAGCGUGAGACGUGCCUGCAGAUGCUCAAUAUUAUUGAGCGAAUAAAAGGCCGGCGGCGGGCGGAAAUGAAGCAGAGAAUGGAGAGGUUACACGAGGCGCAGAAGAAGCUGUCCGCGCGGCUGGACAGAACGUUGCAAUCGCUCAUGGAGAAGGCGUCGCCCGAGCUCAGUGUGCAUGAGACGAAGUGGUUCGAGGAGCUCCGGGGGAUGAAGCAGGAGGUUGUUGGAGCGAGCAAAUUUGACUCUAGAUCUCUUACUGUCCGGGCGAAGGUGCUUCAGAGGGAAGUGGAUAGGCUCCUCCCGAAUCUCAAGGAAAUAAAAGAAAGGGAAAUGGAACGCAGAAGAAAUACUUCUGAGAACCGAGACGUUCUAGGAUUAUCCCAAGCAUUCGAGCUAGGAGAGCAUUCCAGCGCAGAACGCGCUAGAAUCGGUGAUUUGGAAGAUGAUAUUCUGAAGCUGGCGGCCCAGCUCGAUAUCACCAUGGGACGACCACCGCCACAACAAAAGACAUUGGUGUCGUAG